GCGUUGUGACGUCAUCGGGGCGCGAAAUGUAUGGGAGUUGGUCGUGUUGUUUUGUAAAAAAUGCUGCAAAUUUUCUUACAUGUUGUUGCUUAUACUCAAUGAACAAACGACGAAAGGCCGAAAAAUGUGGAUACUGACACCACAGGAGCUUGGAGGGGAGACCCACUAUCUUCUCCCCGGUAAAGAGUACACAGUGGGACGCAAGAGUUGUGACAUUCUUCUCCCCAACGACCAGUCCAUUAGCAGAAUUCAUGCUCACCUCACCGCUACAGACCAGACCCUGACACUAAAAGACUCCUCCAAAUACGGCACGUCUGUCAACAACCAGAGAAUAACGGCGCCGAUUAAUCUGACAUCAGGGGAGGACGUUACAUUUGGGGUUUUUCACAGCAAAUUCACUGUGUUGCAUCAGAAGCCAGUUGUGUGUUCAUCAUGUUUGGACAAUGCUGGGAAGGCGUCGCUCACUCGGGCUCUGUUUGCUCUGGGGGGGAAGUUAGUGAACACCUGGACUCAAGACUGCACUCACCUGGCCAUGCCGACAGUUAAAGUUACCAUUAAGACUAUUUCAGCGCUGCUGUGCGGUUGCCCUAUUGUGAAGCCCGUUUUCUUCUCAGAGCUCAACAAUGCCAUUCAGCAAAAAUUGCCGCCUCCCAAAGCAGAGAGCUUCCUCCCAGAGCUCGAUGAGCCCAGCUUGAAUAAAGAAGAUGUUAACCUUGGAACAAUCCCAGCUCGCAAACAGCUUUUCACUAGAAAAACUUUCAUUUUCCUCAUUGCUAAACAGCUGAAGCGCCUGAGUGCAGCAGUGUCUUUCGGAGGUGGAAGUAGCCAGCUGCUGGAGGAGGGCUCCCUUCCUCUUCACCUGCUUGAGUCUCCGAACAGCUGUGUGGUCGAUGUUACAACAGGCCGCUCCCAAACUCUGCUUCCUCCCUCGUCCACAGAGUGGAUGAACUCUGUGAGGAGCAUCCUUCAAAGAAAAGGCCUUCGAGUCAUCACAGAGUCUGAAAUCGGUUUGGCUGCCAUCCAUGCAUCAUGUGACAAGUUCUGCAAUCCGUCCUGUCGGAUGGACUCGGAUUCUGAACCCAAAAUAAGACCCAGGAUCCCAAGUGCGUCGCUGUCGCAGAGCGUGGCUGUGGAUGAAACUGUGUUACCUGCAGCAUCUCAGAACGUUACAGCGUAUGCAGUCAACACAGAGACAACACAAAGGAUGGAGGUUUCUGAGGAGACUGGUUUGGUAGCUGUAGGAGAGACUCCUGAGAAGAAGCAAAACCAGGACACAGCUCAGUUCAGUGGAUCCAGACUCACAGCUCACACAACUAGUGUGGUGGCUGACACAGUGAGCUCAUCAUUAAACGCUGCAGACAACAGAGACUCACAGAGGAACAAACCUGACUCUAAAGUAUCAGGUGGAGGCCGUGCUGAUGUUAGUGCCCAGAAAUCUGCUUCAAAGUCCGGUGGUGGCAUCCGAAAAUUUGACAAACACUCUCCUCAGAAUCCAAAACCGUCUGUGCAGACUUCCCCACAGAAACAGACAACUCUGACCAAUUUCUUUCAGUCUGUCAACAAGAAAAGACCUUUGGACGAUGAUCUCUCAGCGGUGAUGUCUGAGCCAAAGCGAGCUGUACCAGAGUCAUUCAUCACUACGCAGGAUUUAAACACCUCAUCAGUCCCUAAACAAAUGCCCUCACUCACUCUCAGGAGCCCUCCAGCUGUGUCUGAGACUCCUCUCGACUCGCCUGCUGAUUUGUUUCAGUCAGAAGUUCGUCCGGAGAAACCACAGAGUCGCAAAAGGAAGGAGGUGGAAGAAGACAUACAGAUGGAGGAACUGGAGUCCAUUAUGUCCAUGGAUAUAGAUGGCUUUGACGACAUUCUGCCCAGUAAUCAAAGCCAGCAGGAGCAGGUAAAGGUGCACUCUUUGGCUAAACCGAACCUUGGUACUGUUGAGUCUUCAAGCAAGAGGCAGCGGAUCAGUCAGAGAGAAAAUGGAACAAGCAGACAAAACCCCGAAGUGGACCUGAAAAACAAAUCAAACUUCCAACAGGACACGAAGGAACAGUCUGAGCAGCGUAAAGUGUCAGUUAAAACCGAGCCCCUUCAGGUAACAGAAAACCUGAGAAAUAAACACGAGUCUAGUAAACCAGGAACGAGUAAAAACACAAAGCCGUUUGAAGACGAAGCAUCUUUUAUUGAGGAUGAAGAACUCCUCCAGGUACCGAUAGAUAUUCAUCCAGAAGAUGAGACCGAAGUAUCUGUCAAACCUGUUGUGAUCAAGCAGGAGGUUCAAGAGUCAAAGAUUGAUGAAGACCUGCCGAAGAAGCUGGUGUUGGUGGAGUUUAGAUCUCUCACAGCCACUUCUCCUCCAAAAACCAAACCCAAACAGAUUCAGCAGAACGGACAUGGAAGGAACUUCAAAUGUUUCCACAAGAAACGUGUUCCAGGUGCAGAUGGUUUCCCACACAUCAUCGGCAGAGCUAAUCUUCUGGUCCACAACAGGGGCAAAAACUCUGAUCUGGACGAGUGGCUGAAAGAAGCAGCUGAGGAGGAGCAUGAGAACAGACGGGACGAGGCCAUAGGAGACGACUUGUUCAGGUACAACCCAACCAAACUAACCAAGAGAAGAUGAAAUGCCUUCACCCUGACUGCCUCCAAUCCAGUGAGAAUAUUUCUUGAGAUGGGAAACCCAGUUUAAAAGAACGUCAAAUGUUUCUGGUUGUAUUUUAGCAGUUUGUUUUUCUGUUCUUCCUGUUUCUUUAUAAAACUUUUCCAAAUAAAGUCACUGACAG